GCGAAGCUGAAGCUGCUGAGGCGCCGCACUCACUUCAGCUACCACAUAAGCGUGCUCGCUGAGCCGCAUUCAUCGAAACCGUGACGCUGCCGCCGCUGCACAAGCUGCUUCGACGCGACAGACGCGCGCAACACACUGUAGCUGCAGUGCAGCAUGCCCAAGCCCGCCGCAAAGCCGCGCGGCAGCGGCAAAGGCACGGUCCUCUUCGACGACACGGAUGACACGCCGUGGCACGCCCGAAACGGUGGCAAGGAGCAAGGCACGCCGAACGCGACGCAAGUCGCGGCGCUGCGAGCGAGCGCCGAGCGCUUAUUUGGAGACGAAGUGCGAAAUUGGACUUCAAAAAGAGAAGCGCGCGCCUCCGGCGACGACCGCUACAUGAGUCAAGUUUUAAGAAGCGGCACCAUGGCCGACAAAGUAGCUGCGAUGACGCUCAUGGUGCAAGAGUCUCCGAUCCAUCGCCUCGAGACGCUGGAUUCAUUACUCUCGACGGCGAAGGCGGGAAAGCACACGGCGAAGAUGGCCAUCGAUUCCUUGAAGGAGGUCUUUUCCAGCAGAUCGGGCUUGCCGGGCGACCGUAGAUUAGUCACGCUGGAGAACCGCCCCCCUCUCCCGCAGUCCUCGGAACGGCAGGUGCUGUGGUUGUUUGAGGAGAAGCUCAAACAACGCUACGCGUCUUUUGUGAACGUGGUGCAGGGCUACCUGAAGCACUCCGCGUCGGAACUACGACGCUUUGCCGCGGAGACGUGCGCUCAUUUACUAAAAUCAAAACCCGAGCAAGAAGCGGAGUUGUUGGCUCUCUUAGUCAACAAGUUGGGUGAUCCCGAUCCGUCGGUCUCAGCGCGGGCGUCUCAGCUAUUAUCAGAGGUGCUCAAGGCGCAUCGGGCGAUGACGGGUGUUGUUGUGGAAGAAAUCCAGGGCUUCACGGCGAGAGCACCGAAAGGUUCCGUAGGAGCCAAGGCGCGCCUGGCCGCCGUGGCGUGCCUGUCCCAGGUCUACCUGUCUUCUGAGUUAGAACCGGUCGCCACCUCCCUCGUGAAGAUGUACCUUGCUUUAUUUGUGGCGUCGGUGGACGCCGGCGACCUCCAGACCAAACUAUUAGCGGCGCUGCUGACCGGCGUCGCGCGCGCCUUACCGUACGCCCGGAAGGGUGUCUUGGACGCCUCUACCUCCAAAGAGCUAGAUGCUUUGUUUGGGCUGGCCCACGCGGGCACGGGACCGGCCCGCGUGAGGGCUUUACAGUUACUAGAGAGAUUGUCGUCGGAGGCGCCCGUGCUGCGAUCGCGCUUCGAGCGCGCCUUGUAUGCGGCUUUGCAUGCCCCGGAGACGCGGACGCCGUCCAAACCCGCGCUACUGCUCAACGUGGUCUUCCGAGCGUGUAAAGGCGGCGACGCCUCGGCUCUACUAAAAAGAUGCGUCCAAGUCGCUUUGCACAACUCGCCGCAGGUCGCCUGCGCGUCGACUUAUUUGGCGUCCAAUGUCUUCGAGAAACGGCCUGAAUUAGGCCGAUCACUCAUCGCGGGCCGUGCUUCAGAAGAUGACUGGCGCUUGCUCUUGAAGCGCGAUCCAGCCCACGCCUCACCGGGCAAGCUCUGGGAGCUCCACACGCUGAGGACGCACUACCACCCUUCUUGUAGGGCCUGGGCCGAGAAGCUGGCUUCCUCAAAAACGAUCCAAUAUGGAGGCGACCCCUUGGUAGACUUUGGUCUGAUGCGCUUCCUGGAUAGAUUUGCCUAUAGAAACCCGAAGCAGCGGACGAAGCAGCACGGCCACGCGCGCACGACGGCUAUCGACGAUAGAGUACCUGUCAAGGCUUUGACCGGGAAGCACCUUGAUAGUGUAGCGCCGGAAGACCGGUUUUUCUUGAGGUCCUUCAAAGCCGUAGCAUCGAAGAAGGAGGACGCUUCGUCCUCAGACGACGACGACGACGACGUCCGCGCCGACGCUAUGGCCUUCGCGGCGGACGACCUUGAUCUGGAAGAUGAUAGUGAUAGUGACGACUCGCCGAUCGUCGGCCUGCCGAUCUACGACUCCGACGGGUCUGAAGGCGGCGCUUCGGACUCCGACGGCUCCGGCGAUGCGGCCUCGGACGCGUCGUCGGGCGACUCUGGCGACUCCGGCAGCGCGGGCUCGGAGCCCGACGACUUCCCGUUCUCUGAUGACGACGAGGACGACGCGGCGCCCCCUCAACAGGAGAAGAAGACCGCCGCGGCGCCCGCGCCUUCGGAAAAAAAGAAGCGCAAGGGCGCGUCGCCCUUCGCCGACGCCGACGCGUAUUUCGCGGCGCACCCCGAUCAAUUGGACGAGGACGGAGACGUCGAGGCGCCAGUGCCUGGUGAGCUGCCGACGAAGAAAAAGAAGCGGCGGAAGUAGGUUAUGUUAACAACACUUAGGACAC